CUAUCAAGCCAAGGUUUGACACUAGCAAUUACACAUGAAGUUUUUAAGUUCCUGAUUCUUAGCAAAGAAAGCUUUUGAUGAAAUUCUGAUUAACAAAACCAUGAUAUUUGUAAAGCUUUAUGUCACGUUUUGGCCAUUGAUGACACAUUUGUUCCAUCUGAAUAUUAGUCUCUUUACGGUUUAGAUGGCACUUAACCAAAGAUAGAAUGCAAAUAACUUCAUAUGUAUAUUUUUCGAACCCAGUCAGCAAUGUCAGGUCCAUCAAUGAGGGAGGGACGGGGUACUUGUGUGUAGUAUGAAAAAUGCAACAAGAAAUAGAAAAAAGGUGGAUAGAAAACUGGGUAUAAUAUAUAAUAGCUUUGGCAGAGUGUCAUGCUAUUUUCACAUGACUUUAAGCAAAAAGUAAAGCCUAAGCCUAUUGCACAAUAGAAUGAUAAUAACAAAGAUCAAAGAAGGAUCUUAUUCCCCGGCUAAACAAAAAGUCAAAGAGACUCCUUCUUGAAUAUUUCUAUUUUCCAGCUACAGCCAUGUUUCAACAGCUGAAAAUUAAUUUCAUCAGCAUCUAACUUAUCAUCUUCUUUCCAGUUUAUGGAAGUUGUAAAGACAUUUACGACGCAGCGAAAACAAAUUUGUCCAAUAAUGUUUAUUCUCUUGUAUCUGGUAAACAUUUCUGUGUCAUGAGCAAUCUAGGUGGGUGUGGCCAAGGAGGCUGGACGCUAGCAAUGACUAUUGAUGGCUCUAAGGUAAUUCUCAUUAUACGUGAUUACAUGAUUAACUCAUUCUUACCAAUUCAAACUUUUAAGUCUGGCAGUAGCUACUGGAUUAAUGGUGUGACGUAUAACAUAGAGAGUGGCUUGGCUGACCCAAGAACUACAGAGGCAAAAUACAACGCAUUCAGCUCGAUUGCUUUCAGUUCCAUUUGUAUUGGUAUGAAUUACUCAGGAUCGACCAAAUUUUUGCUCAUUGAAAAGUCUGGGUCUUCUUUGCAAAAUGUGUUCAAAAAUGACGCGUACAUUGGAACUUCUUUCGGAAGGAGUACUUGGAAAGCGAUGAUGGCCGGCAGUUCGCUUCAGGAUUAUUGCAACAAAGAAGGUAUCAAUGUUAAAGACAGUUACGGAGUCAUCUUUGCCCGUGUAGGCAUUAUCGCUAACAACGAUCCAGAUUGCUUUACUCCCAAUUCAUACAUUGGCCUUGGGACAAAAUGGAACCACUAUAAUACAUGUCCUCAGAGUUUAAUUGGAGUUUCGUGUGGCAAUCUUGCCCUCUGUUACCCUGACAACGGUGUUAAAUCGGUACCAGCACGUGGCUAUAUCCUCAUCAAAUAACUGUAUUUCCAGACUUUUUGCUACAUCUUUAACCCAGACACCAGACAUAUUUAAGCUUUGCUAACAGUAUGUUCUUUUCAAAAACGUACUUCGCGAUUGGUACCUUUCCUACAAUGUUGAAGAAAAAACGCUCUCAAUGGUACACACACAACGAGCUUGCUCUAUGAAUCAACCAUU